GUUUGGAGGAGUAGAAGGUCUCCGUCAGCAAUGUUUAAUGAAAUCAAUUACUCUAGAUCGAUUCCCAUCGUUAAUACAAACUUCUAGUCCUAGAACUUUGGAUUACCCUGUACCUUUUAAUGGAUCUAUGUUUCUCUCUAAUUUGAUUAAAGCUUUCUAUGAAAAUAGACUAAUGAGCAAAAUGAAAAGUGUUGUUAAGUUAGUGUUUGGGGAAAGAAAUAAUGAAGAAGAUGCAUAA